ACAAAUUAAUUCUCAAUGGUCAUAUUCAAGUACGAUCAUAAUUAAUGCAAGGACAUGAAUAUAUGCAAUGAUAAUAUGGGGUUAAAUUCUGUUUAGUCGAGAAAAAGACUGUUAAAGGGAGUUACGUAGAGAAUCAGCAAAUAUGCCAGAACCUAAAUUGAAUCGCGAAACCUGGGGUAGCUGGUUUGAAUUUGUCUUCUCGUGUAUUGGGUCAAUGGUUGGAUUAGGCAAUGUUUGGAGAUUUCCAUAUAUCUGCUUUAAAAAUGGCGGAGGAGCGUUUUUGAUACCAUAUUUCAUAUUUAUGUUUGCCAUGGCAAUGCCGCUUAUGUUUAUGGAGUUUUCAAUUGCUCAGUAUUCCAGCCUUGGACCAGGGAGAUUGUUUUUGUGUUGUCCUUUGUUUAAAGGUAUAGGAUAUGGAAUUAUUCUAAUGUGCGUAAUUUCAGCUUCUUAUUAUUCGACAGUCAUAUCAUGGACAUUAUUUUAUCUUGGAAAUUCCUUUCUGUCGCCUUUGCCUUGGACAUCGUGCAACAACACUUGGAAUACACAAGACUGUUAUAUAAGAUCAUUUUCUGAAGGGGACGCGAUGAAUAGUACUGUUACCUUUAGUAACAUAACUCAGUUUAAUAAUGGCAGUGUGCACGUGGAAGCUUAUACGAGUUCCGAAGAAUUCUGGGAAAACCGUGUACUGGGACUAACGUCUAGCAUAAACAACAUUGGAAUACUGAGAUGGGAGUUAGUAUUAUGUUCCCUAGGAACAUGGACUGUAGUGAUCCUGGCUUUAAUAAAAGGCAUCAAGUCUUCAGGAAAGUUCAUGUUGUUUGCGUCAACUCUCCCGUAUGUUUUUUUGCUGAUACUACUAAUCAGAGGGCUUCUUCUUCCUGGUGCUUUAGACGGUAUUAAAUACUUCUUCAUACCAAGAUGGCAGGAUCUUAAGAAAUUCUCUGUUUGGAGCGAUGCUGCUGUUCAAGUCUUUUAUUCGUCAAGUCUUGGAAUAGGUGAACUGUUGACACUGUCAAGUCAUAAUCGUUUUAAGAACAAUUGUCAAAGAGAUGCUAUGAUUCUUCCAUUUGUUGAUGCUUUUACGAGCAUCUUUGCAGGAUGUGUCAUAUUUUCAACACUGGGUUACACAGCUGCAGCAGCGAAUCUAGACAUUGAUAUGGUUGUCAAACAAGGACCGGGAAUAGCUUUCGUCGUAUACCCAGACGCCCUAGCCACGUUACCAUUUCCACAGAUAUGGUCUGCAUUGUUUUUCCUUUUGUUAUUCAUGAUAGGAACCAACAGUUUAGUAGUGGUAGUACAGGUAAUUGGUGGUGGUAUGUUCGACACGUUCCCGAAUUUAUCAGCAUCCAAGAGGACACUUGUCACAAUGUCUAUAUGUUUAUUAGGAUUUUUAACUACUUUAAUUUACACAACUCAGGGUGGUAUGUACGUCUUGCAGCUUGUUGACUGGUAUUUAUCAAGUAUACCUAGAAUGUUUAUAAUGUUGCUUGAGAGCAUUGUGAUCAUCUAUAUCUAUGGUGUCAGAAGACUUAGUAAAGACAUUGAAAUGAUGUUAGGCAAGCAACCAUCAAAGAUAUGGAAAUUCUUUUGGUUAUUUGUCACCCCACCAUUACUGACGAUAAUUUGGGUAAUAAUGGUUUUUCAACUUAAAACCAUUAAGUAUGGCGAAAUACCAUAUCCGUCAUGGUCUAUUGCAUUCGGAUGGAUCUUGGGUAUGGUCCCUAUAUUUAUAAUUUUGCCGCCCAUGAUUUACACUGUGUGGAAACAAAGAGGAAGUUUUAUUCAGAGAUUACGCAAAUCAAUUCAGCCAAGUUAUCUAUGGAAAGCAGUAGUCCCAAAUGACUUUGAACUUCAAUCAGCACUAUCUAAAUAGAUAAAUGGUACAUUUAUAUAAAGUGUCUUUCACUUAUUGUUAUAUAUUUACAAUUAAUUAUGAAUACAGUUUUGCACAAUAAUUCUGAGAAAAACAAUUGUGCAUGCAUUA